AUCAUUCACAGAGACCUCAAACCCGAAAAUAUAUUAGUGGCGAAGACUGUAAUGAAUGGGAGGUAUUUAAAAGUGGCUGAUUUUGGGUUAGCGACAUUGCACUCCAUUGCCUCUGGAAGUCAUACCAGAGGAGUGGGAACUCUUCAAUACAUAGCACCGGAAUUCGCCGGAAUUGAGUAUAUAUUCAGGAUAUGAAAUAUACGACAAAUUCAUAAAAUUGGAUAAAAUCGUUGACUCAAUGAGUGUUGCCACGCAUAACACUAGACCCGAGUGUUCACAAGUAUUAUCGGAAUAUAACUUAUGGUCUAUUGAUAGGAAUUGUCUCGAAAAUGAGCCCACAUUUGAUUCCACACUAAAACUACUUUAUCGAAAUGACAACAAAUUUUUCAUUGAUUACUUUAAAACAAAAUAU